AUUCAGGGGCACUUGCAGCAAUGGAUCCCACUGAUACCACCAAGCGGAAGCCCAGACGCACCCACGGCACACCAUCCUAUAAGUACCGCAAUCGAUUCGCCUACGCCCUCUUGGCCGCCGGAACUGCGCUCUUCGGCAUUUGGAGCCUGACUCCCAUUCAGCGCAUUGCCAACGAGAAGCUAUCCCAGGCAGUGGCUCAAACGGAGCAGGAGCGCGAUAGAAAAGGACUCUUCCAGUUCGCCGCUCCAAGGACUUCGGAUUUCAUCAAGGAGGCCAUCGAGGAGAGUGAGGAGCAGAGGAACAAAUAAUGGAUCGCAAGACGCGGCGGGUGAACUUCAAAAACCUGCAACCUCGAUCGACGCGAAGCACCAAAGCAACCACAGACACAUUAUCGCUAUCCAACUUC